AUGCCUUUCUCGCUGUCCUCCCUCUGGAGUGCUCCCCCAGUCAACCCCAUCAACAAGAAGGCUCGCUCGAUCCCCGUCUUCAACCCGGUCAACAAAUAUGGACGAGUAUUCUUCUUCUCGUGGUUUGGAUUCCUCCUGGCUUUCUGGUCCUGGUAAGUGAUGACGGAACGGCGGCAAGGUCUUAUCUAUCCCCGGUCUCGCCUCUGCACCCCAGACGGCUUGCUAACACCAACAACCAGGUAUGCCUUCCCACCACUUCUCCACGACGUGAUCGCAAAGGAUCUCAAGCUCUCCACCGUCCAAGUCCAAAAUUCCAACAUCAUCGCUCUUGUUGCAACUCUACUCGUUCGGCUUGUUGCUGGACCAGCUUGUGACCGUUUCGGACCUCGCUGGACGUUUGCAGGAUGUCUGCUCGUCGGUGCUAUCCCGACAUUCCUGUCCGGCACCGCCUACAAUGUCCACCAGCUCUACGCCCUCCGUUUCUUCAUCGGUAUUCUGGGUGGUAGCUUCGUGCCAUGCCAAGUAUGGACGACCGGAUUCUACGACAAGAACAUCAUCGGAACCGCCAACUCCCUUACCGCCGGUCUGGGAAAUGCAGGAGGUGGUAUCACGUACUUUGUUAUGCCAGCGGUCUACAACGCCCUGGUCGGCGACGGUCUGACGCCACACACCGCAUGGCGUGUCACCUUUAUCGUUCCUGGUAUCCUCAUCACGACGGUGGCGAUCGCCUUGCUUCUCCUCUGCCAAGACACCCCCACUGGCAAGUGGUCGGAACGCCACCAAGCCGCCGAGAACAACUUGCGCUCGCACAGCGUGGACGGACGAGUUGUCGAAAUUCCUGGCCACAUUGCCGACGAGGGCAAGCGCUCUGGAACAUCGUCGCCUCCCAGUGGCAUGAUCGAAAAUGAGAAGAAGCUAGACCACGAAGCACAGCUGGGUGAUGUACCAAUGCUCGAGACCGCACAGGGUGAAAUCGUCCAGAAGCCCUCAUUUAGGGAUAUCGCCAAGGUCUGCUUCUCUCCCCAGACCAUCGUGGUGGGAGCCUGCUACUUUUGCGGUUUCGGCGCCGAACUCGCCAUCAACAGCAUUCUCGGGACCUACUACGGCGUCAACUUCAAGGGCCACGUCAAGAACCUCGGCCUCCAGACGGCCUCCAACUGGGCCGCCAUGUUUGGUCUCAUGAACGCUCUCUUCCGCCCUCUCGGCGGCGCCGUGUCCGACUUGGUUUACAAGCACACCAAGUCCGUCUGGGCGAAGAAGGCCCUCCUGCAUUCCUACGGCAUCAUCGCCGGCGCCUUCCUCCUCGCCAUCGGCCUCACGAACCCCCACAACCUCGCGACCCUCGUGUGCCUCAUCGGCAUCGGCUUCGCCUUCUUCCUCGAAGGCGGCAACGGCCUCAUCUUCUCCCUCGUGCCGCACGUCCACCCCCACGCCAACGGCGUCGUCUCCGGCUUCACGGGCGCGUCGGGAAAUUUGGGCGGCAUCAUCUUCAGCAUCAUCUUCCGCUACAACGUCGACACCGUCAAGGGCGUCGCCGUCGUCAACUACGCCAGGAGUAUCUGGAUCAUCGGCGUCAUCAUGAUCGGUAUCAACGUUGCUGUCUGCUGGAUCAAGCCCAUCCCCAAGGGUCAGAUCGCCGGACGAUAA